AUGAUUGCUAUGAAGAAAUUUAUGCGCCCCAAUGUUUAUACAAAGGUGCCUGAUGGAGGCUGGGGCUGGGUGAUUGCCGUGGCCUUUUUCUUUGUGGAAGCCUUCACAUACGGAAUCAUCAAUACUUUUGGAAUUUUCUUUGAUGAACUAAAAGACUACUUUAAUGAAAGUAACGACAAAGUAUCAUGGAUCUUUUCUAUCUGUGCAUUUGUCUUCACAGUCACAGCUCCCAUUGCUAGUAUCCUGACCAGUCAGUUUGGACAUCGCCUUGUAGUCAUGGCUGGAGGAUUGCUUUGUAGUAUUGGCAUGCUGGUAACCACAUUUGCAAGCAAUGUGAACACAAUGUACAUCUCAAUUGGCGUUAUGUCAGGACUUGGCUUCAGCCUUAGCUUCUUCCCAAGCCUCACCAUUUUGUCACAGUACUUUGACAAGCGCCGGUCCCUGGUUAUUUCUGCUGCAACCACAGGGGAAUGUUUUGCAGUCAUUGUAUUUGUUCCAGCUUAUACUGCACUUAUGCAAUACAUGGGCUGGAGAAUUUGCCUGUUCGUCAUCGGAGCUCUGCAACUUGUCAUCAUGGUUUGUGGAUUCUUGCUACAGCCAAUCAUUAUUAUACCAGAAGAAGACCCAAAACAACAUUCAGAAGUUGAUAAUAAGGACACACGCAUUACUAUAGACAUCACAGAUUCUGUAGACAAUACAAAGGCAAAGACUGACAUGCCCAAAGAGGAGAAGAUGCUUGAGCCAGUAGAGUCUGAAAAGGAUGAGCUUGUACUUGAUUUUUCUGUAUUGAAAAAUACUAGCUUUAUAUUUUACACACUAUUUGGAUUAUUUGCUGUCUUUGGCACUUCUGUACCUCCCCUAUUCAUUAUUCCUUACAGUGUAAGUCUGGGCAUACCUGAAGAACUUUCAACACGCAUUCUUAUCUUCAUGGCCUUUGCUGAACUCCUCGGAAGAAUUAGUGGAGGCCUUAUCAUGCACAAGGAGCCAAUUAAUAAGAUUUACAUUGAACUGACAUUUGUCAUCCUGCUGUGCCUGGCUCUUGUUGCCAUCCCUUUUGCUCAUACUUUUCUGGGACUGAUGGCAUGUAGCUUCUUUUACAGCUACAUUAUGGGAGCUGUUGCAGCAACUUACAUUCCGCUGAUAGGGGAAAAGGACAUUGUUGGCAUCGAGAAGAUGGAAUCAGCAGUUGGAGUCUUUGUCUUUAUUCAAAGUUUCACAUCACUGACGGGACCCCCAUUAACAGGUUUACUGGUGGACAAAACAAAAUAUUAUGGGUCUGCAUUCUACUUCAGUGCUGUCGGGAUGGCACUUGGUGCUAUAUGCUUGGCCUUUGUAAAACCUUCUCAGAAUGGUCUGUGCAAGAAAAAGGCACCAGCUACACAAGACUCAGCUGAAUUCCAAGAUGCACAAGACAUGCCAAUAAACAAUGCAGUAGUAGAUGAAAACCCGUCAGGAACUGAGGAAAACUCCAGUACUAUAGAGAUGGAACUACCUGCCAUAGUAAGACCUUGCAUUAAUGGACAGUGCAAGAAAAAGUCACCCGAUACACAAGACUCCACUGAAUGUCAAAAUGUCCAAGAUGUGGUGAUAGAAAUCCCAGAAAUGAAUGGAAACCUGUCAGCGGAUUGA